ACCAUACAUCCGCUGAGCGAACACAUUGCCGUCGUCGAGGAUCGGAACAAUCGGGAUAUAAUUGUAACGCAAAGCGACACUCGGACUUCUAUUAAUUAUUUUGGUCUUGGUAAUAUCUGCGCAAAUAAGCAUGGACUAUUCGGCAAAACUCGACAAGUCACUGUUCAAGAAGUAUUUAGAACUAGAACAGCCAGAUGAUAUGGUACAAUGUAUGUACAUAUGGAUAGAUGGCAGUGGAGAGACAUUACGUGGCAAGACGAGGACUGUUGAUUUUGAACCAAAGUCGGCAAAAGAGUUGCCAGUAUGGAACUAUGAUGGUUCCAGCACAGGGCAGGCCGAGGGGUCAAAUAGCGAUGUAUAUCUGAGACCGGUCGCCAUGUUUAGAGACCCUUUCAGGCGUGGAAAGAACAAGCUAGUAAUAUGCGAAACGUUUAAGUAUGAUGGCCGUGUAACCGAAACUAAUCACAGGAAUGAAUGCAAGAAAGUGAUGGACAGGGCAAGUGACCACGAACCAUGGUUUGGACUGGAGCAAGAAUACACUUUGCUCGGCCAAGAUGGUCAUCCGUUUGGUUGGCCGAAACAGGGCUACCCAGGUCCACAAGGACCAUACUAUUGUGGCAUUGGAGCUGAUAAAGUGUAUGGACGUGACAUUGUCGAAGCUCAUUACAAAGCUUGUAUGUUUGCCGGUGUCAAGAUCUCUGGUACAAACGCCGAGGUGAUGCCAGCACAAUGGGAGUUCCAGGUCGGUCCCUGUGUUGGUGUCGAUAUGGGUGACCAUUUAUGGGCUGCGAGAUACAUCCUCCAACGAGUCGCUGAGGAUUAUGGGAUCAUAGUAUCAUUUGAUCCAAAACCGAUUGAGGGAGACUGGAAUGGUGCUGGUUGUCACUGUAACUACAGUACUCUUCUAAUGAGAAAAGAAGGCGGAAUCAAGUAUAUCGAAGAGGCAAUCCAGAAACUCGCCAAACGUCACCAACACCACGUACGGUUAUAUGACCCAAAAGGAGGCAAAGACAACAGACGACGUCUGACUGGACAACAUGAAACCUCACACAUUGACGACUUUAGUGCAGGAGUGGCUAACCGUGGUGCCAGUGUUCGCAUUCCCCGCCAGGUUGGUGAAGAGGGCAAAGGUUACAUGGAAGAUCGUCGUCCCGCCUCAAACUGUGACCCUUACUUGGUUACCGAAGCUAUAGUUCGCACCACUGUAUUAGACGACUGGGACGACAACAAACCACAGUGAAAUGUGGACUAACAAUUGAGGAUAAAACUCGAUUCCGGACUAUAUAUUAUUAUUUCAAUCGGAAACUGGAAGAGCAUUUUAAGUUAUAUUUAUUAUCUGCGAUGUGU